AAACGAUCGCCGCAUUUGCCUGUCGGAUGAGAACGCGUUCAGAAGUUCGUCGGGUGUGAGCUUGCGAAAGUCAUUCCGAACGGAUAAGAACUUCGCCUGAAGUAAUGUACUGAGCCCUGAGUUUUGGAGACUAACGACCAGGCAGAAGGCAAAAUGGGAAGAAUCAAAUAUAGGCUGUGCCUGUGCUCAUUGCUAUUGUUGCUUGCGACAUUUGUAUCAGCAAAUAGGCGCAUCCGGCGACAAAAUCGAUCCGAUCAACUACUGGCCGACAUUGGAGUGCGAGCCCAGUCCUACAAUCCCCGAGUGUUGGAGAAUGGCAUCCAGCAGUACACGCACAUCGACCAGGACCUGCGACACCUGUUCCUCAACACCAGGCAGACCACGUUGAGGUGGGCUCUCAACAACAUCGAGGCGCUGAGCAGCCGCGGCAGGCGCGAGGGAAAGCUCCAGCCGCCGGUGUCAAAGAAAGUUCCCUUCAUUUGUCCCACGAACAACACCCGCUCGCCGUCGCCUCCCACUUCCGUGGAGCGGCUGAGGCCGGGGGACAUUGACAUUAUAGCCGCCUUCGGCGACUCACUGUCCGCGGGCAAUGGGAUACUGUCCAACAACGCCAUCGACAUGAUCAACGAGUUCCGCGGACUGACCUUCUCGGGCGGCGGCCUGGCCAACUGGCGCCGGUUCGUGACCCUGCCCAACAUCCUGAAGGUCUUCAAUCCCAAGCUGUACGGCUUCGCCGUGAGCAACAGUCUGGUGAUCAACCAUCGCUCCUCGCGCCUCAACAUUGCCGAGCCGAUGAUCAUGUCGCGGGACCUGCCCUUCCAGGCCCGCGUCCUCAUCGAUCUGCUGCGGCGCGACCCCAACGUGGACAUGAAGCGCCACUGGAAGCUGCUGACCGUGUACGUGGGCAACAACGACAUCUGCUCGGACCUCUGCCACUGGGACAGUCCGCAGACCUUCCUCGACCAGCAUGCCCGUGACCUGCGGCAGGCCUUCCGCCUGCUGCGCGACCAUGUGCCGCGCCUGCUGAUCAACCUGAUCGUGGUGCCGAACAUACCGCAUGUGCUGAGCACCAUGACCCAGGUGCCGCUGCAGUGCUUCGUGGUGCACCGCGUGGGCUGCCACUGCCUGAUCGACGACCGCCUGAACCGCACUCAGCUGGCGGAACGCGUCCGCACCUUGGACCAGUGGCAGCGGCUGGACAUGGAGGUCGCCCGGCUGCCCGAGUUCCACCGCGAGGACUUUGCCAUUGUGGCCCAUCCCAUGCUGGCCAACGUUUCGGCCCCCCAGCUGCCCGAUGGCAGCACCGACUGGCGGUUCUUCUCCCACGACUGCUUCCACUUCAGCCAGCGCGGCCAUGCGAUCAUCUCGAACCUGCUGUGGAACAGCAUGCUCCUGCCCGACGACCAGAAGCCGCGGCCUUCGAAGGUCCCCGAACUGUUCGAGCGGGUCGUCUGCCCCAGUUCGGAGCAGCCGUACUUUGUGGUCAGGCCGAGUUGAGGGUCGUCUGGGAGCGGGACCGGGUUGAGUUACUUGGUUGAGCUGUCAAGUAAUGGUUUUUAAGAGGAGGGUACACAGAAGAAAAUUACUUUUUGUUCUGCGGAUGAGAUACGCACCGAAAGAUCUCGCGAACUUGUACAACUUAUUUCCGUGAAACUUUUGGACUUACAUAUAAGCACUAAAUGACAAAAUACCCAACCAUGUCACUUCCACUUCCGCAAUACAUGCGGAAUUAUUUGGACGGUGCACUGUAUUAUUUAAUCUAUGUGACUUUUAGCUGACCUAAGCCAUUAAACUUAAUUUGAUAUAUGUUAUAUAGAUGUAGUGGUUGUCAAGAUGACAAGAACCUAUAGAUACAUUUUCGGUUUUAACAUUUUCGGUUAAACUUUGAAAAUUUAUGCAUGAGCGAUGGGUGGUCAAAGGAACUUGUUACUAAAACCGUAGCAAUAAACGUAUUCGAAAUCCAA